AUGUAUCAGCAACAACGUCCAAUUUAUUCAGAAGGAAAUACACAACAAAGAAACAUCUCUCAACCAUUCAAUUUAUCUAAUCCAUUGCCAAAUAGUGCUAUGAACACUUUAUCUCAACAACCUCAACAUCAACCUAUAUUAAAUCAAGCUCAAUUCCCACCAUUUAAUCAAAAUAAUCCAUUAUUACAACAACAACAAACUGCGAGUCCAAUUAAUCCAGUUAAACAAUUACAUCAACAAUCAUUAACACCUCAUUCAGUCCCACAACAAUUGAUUAAUUCAGGAUUUCCACAAGAUCAACAACAACAAAUACCAUCAGGUAUGACUUCAACAGGUCUUUCAAGUCAAAUACCUCAACCAAGUUUAGCAACAUCAGUUUCAGAAGGUCCAAGAGCAUUAGAUGAUAAAAAUGUUUAUCAAUGGAUAGUUGAAUUAUCUUAUGGCCCAAAUCGUGAACAAGCUUUAUUAGAAUUGGGUAAAAAAAGAGAACAAUAUGAUGAUUUACCAAUAGUAUUAUGGAAUUCAUUUGGUGUUAUGACUUCAUUAUUAGAUGAAAUAGUAUCAGUUUAUCCAUUAUUAUCACCACCAAAUUUAACUUCAGCAGCAUCAAGUAGAGUUUGUAAUGCAUUAGCUUUAUUACAAUGUGUUGCAGCACAUCAAGAAACAAGAAAUUUAUUUUUAAAUGCACAUAUUCCAUUAUUUUUAUAUCCAUUUUUAAAUACAAAUUCUAAACAACGUCCAUUUGAAUAUUUAAGAUUAACAAGUUUAGGAGUUAUUGGAGCAUUAGUUAAAAAUGAUACACCUGAAGUUAUUUCAUUUUUAUUAACAACUGAAAUUAUUCCAUUAUGUUUAAGAAUUAUGGAAUCAUCAUCAGAAUUAUCUAAAACAGUUGCUAUAUUUAUUGUUCAAAAAAUUCUUGUUGAUGAUGCAGGAUUAGCAUAUGUUUGUCAAACUUAUGAAAGAUUUGCAGCAGUUGCAUCAGUAUUAAAAGCAAUGGUUGAUCAAUUAUUAACUCAAGAAGGUUCAAGAUUAUUAAAACAUGUUGUUAGAUGUUAUUUAAGAUUAAGUGAUAAUCCAGAUGCAAGAACUGCAUUAAGAAAAUGUUUACCAGAAUCUUUAAAAGAUCAAACUUUCCAUCAAGCUUUAAAAGAUGAUACAAGUUCUAAAAAAUGUUUAGCUCAAUUAUUAUUAAAUUUAGGUGAUUAUGAAGGUCAACAACAGGCUCAAAAUUUACAACAAUAA